UAAAAAUUAAGUCCCCUUUUCUCUUCUUACCAAAUAAUAUCAAGAUUUUAGGCAAGAACAAACCCGGAAAAGAAUCCCUCGAACGAAUUAUACAGUUCAAAUCAAAUGGGUUCUCAAACUCAAACAAUGCUCUUGCUUCAACCCAAAUGAUCAAAUCGCAUCACACCAUUAACCAAAGCAAGCACACUCUAACCCCUCUCACUUCUCUCAUUGAUCACUGCCUCUCCUUCAACUACUCUCCCUUUCUCGCCGAAGCGAUCCAUGCCCUCUCCCUUAAACUCGGCCUAAACCGCAACACUUUCAUCGCUAACCGCCUUUUGAACCUCUACUCUCACCUUAGCCUUACCAGCUCCACUCUCCGACUCUUUGAAGAAAUACCCACCAAGAACACCUUCACCUAUAAUAUUCUCCUUUCUGGGUUUCUUAAAUCAGGCCGAAUUGUUAAUGCCCGCCACCUGUUUGCUGGAAUGCCCGAGAGAGAUUCUGUCACUUGGAACACAAUGAUUUCAGGCUAUGCUUCUAUGGGUAUUGUUGAUGAGGCAUUUGGGGCCCUUUAUCGGAUGCAAGAGAGCGGAACUAGACCCACUGGGUUCACGUUUUCGAUUGCUGCGUGUUGUGUGACUAAUGUGUGGCUAGCGAAACAAGUACAUGCUAAUGCUUUUAGGAACGGGUUUCAUUUUUUGGAUACAGUGAUUGCUAAUUCUUUUAUUAGCAUGUAUGGAGAUGUUGGACUCGUCGAGUAUGCUUGUACUGUGUUUAGGGUUAUGGGGAACCGAGAUCUAGUUUCUUGGAAUACUAUGAUGUCCGUUUUUGGUGACCAUGGCCAAUGUGAUCGAGCUCUGGGGUGUUUGAGGGAAAUGAGGGCUUACGGGUUAUCGUUGGAUGCUUUUACAAUCUCAACGGCGAUUAGUGUUUGUGCUGACAAUGGUGAUUUGCCUAAGGGUGAGCAAUUAUUGGCUCAUUGCUUCAAGAUCGGUUGCAUUUCGAAUUCUAUUGUUUCUAGUGCUAUUAUUGACAUGUAUUCCAAUUGUGGCAGACUGGACGAUUCCAUUCGGCUCUUUCAAGAGAUGGAGAUGUGGGAUUCGGCCCUCUGCAACUCCAUGGCAUCAGCUUAUGCUCAAAAUUGGCUUGUCAGUGAAGCUCUGAAGCUAUUUGUGGUGGUAAUUAGGGUAGGAAUUAUGCCGACAGAGUUCACAUUUGCCAGCAUUCUGAGCUCCAGUUCAUGUUUCGGUUUAACUGAGCAGGGCACACAAAUUCACUGUUGGGUUGUUAAGUUGAAUCAUGAGACAGACAGGAUAGUUGCAAGUGCUCUUGUUGACAUGUACACAAAGUUGGGUGCGAUAGAAUCUGCAAUGAGAAUCUUCUUUUCAAUGGCCACAAAAGACUUGAUCUCUUGUAACACCAUGAUACUGGGCUUAGCUCGGAAUGGUCAAGCGAUGCUGGCUCUAAGAAUAUUUGAGCAAAUGCUCGUAAAAGGUCUCCAACCUGAUCGAAUAACUUUGAUUGGUGUUUUAACUGCUUGUGGCUAUGGAGGCAUGAUAACUGAAGGAAAGAAUUUAUUUUUAUCAAUGAAAGAGAAGUAUGGAAUUGCUUGUAGCCUUGAGCAUUAUGCAUGUAUAAUUGACAUGAUGACUAGAGCAGGGAGUCUGAGAGAAGCAAUGGAGAUUAUAGAGACUAUGCCACACAAACCUACUUUAUUCAUUUGGAAUUUGCUUCUAGAAGCUUGCAGGAUACAUGGAGAUAUGAAAUUUGCAGAAAUUGUUGCAGAGAAGGUAAUGGAACUGAAACCUUAUUUCCCACUCCCUUAUACCGUCCUGGGUCAGAUGUAUGGUAUGAGAGGAAAGUGGGAGAGCGUGGCUAGAGUUCAGAAGGCAAUGGCUGAGAGAGGAGUAAAGAAGGUCAGUGGAUGUAGUUGGAUCGGUGUACGAGAUUGUAUCUUUGUUUUUGAAUCUGAUAGCAUAUUGCAUCAUGGAGGAGAAGCUACUUACUCUUUAUUGCGUUUAUUGGUUUGGGAGAUGAAGGAAGAGGGAUAUGUUCCCGAACAACAUUCAGAAUUUGAGUAUGGAUGAUAGAGAAGAUUAAUAAAAGGAUAAUAGUGUUUAGUUUUCUAUGGUUUAUUGAAUGUGGUUACAAUGAAACUAAGUACAGAAUGCUCCGACAUUUUUACCACAACCAUAUAAAGGAAGUCUUACCUUAUGCGAUUAAGAGCAGAAAUUAUUGGUCCCAAAGUGGAAGUAUUCCUGCUCCUUUGGAAAUCUACCUUAUGUUCCUAAGAGCAGAAAUUGCUAACUGUAUUGUUGACUUACACACUUCACAAGGUCUUUUGCUGCCUGUCAUGGAGAAAGUCAGCUUAUAUUAUCAACAUAGAGCAUGUAGAAAGAUAGUUCUUUUGCUGAAUAGACCAUUUCUGCAAAAUACCAAAUAUACAGUGUUAAGAGUGAUCUGAGAGAAAAUUUGCACGUUAUAUAUCUCUUGGUGACAAUAUAUGAUCUCUCACCUGAUCGAAUGUUGAUGGAAGGUCUGAAGGCGAAAUUAUGCCAAUUUGCUUUCAGAAGUACCUUAAUAAAGAGAAAACUGGAACUAAAUGUGGAGGAGGAUUCCAUCCAGGCAAAUAAUGGUUAUUAAUGCUCAGGUUGUUUGGGAAAAUUAUCGCGUCUUUUUGAAGGUAGUUUUGAGAGAAUGGUAAGCCAAAUGUCAUCUCAGGUUGUACCUGUUAGUUCACCUGCAAUUGGUUAUUUUCUGCAGCUCCUAUGUUAAUUAAGCUUCUGCCUGUUGUGGCAGACUUAGUGAGAAGAUUGUCUCUGUCAGUUAUCCCCAUGGUUAAGAUCAUGUUGGCAAGUAAGGACUCCGAUGGACUUUACCUUGUAGAACAGGAGAUACCAUAUAUGAGGGCACCCAAUUGCAUGCCUUCCAUAGACGAAUUCAGCUUUAGCAGCAACUCGCUCGGAAGCAGUGAAGAAUUUGGCGUUUCUUUCAGCAAAGAGACUGCAUGGCACUAUGAUAGCUGCAACAACGCAGCAAUUGAACCAGAAUGGCUAAAGUCAUCGGCAAAUAAUAACUCCGAACAAUUCUCUUCUUCAUCCCGAGCACAAGCAAUUGCCAGAUACGAGAACGAUAUGCUGGAUUUGGCCCCCGAGUACGCGUAUGAGCUCUCACUAAGGGAUUUAGUGGAGCUACCAAGGGUAGCAAGAACAGCAAGAGAAUCAUCGCCAUUGAAAGAGAGGUUUCAGAAGAAUGGGCUAAAGACUGGAGGAAAAGAGAAAGUUAAGAAUCCGAGAAGCCAGAGUAAUGAGAGUAGCGGACUUUUACUGAAGAUGUUUUUUCCGAUACCUAGGUCUGGCAAGAAAAGAAACGGUGGAAGCUCUACAAGCUCUUGUGGAAGUUCGAAGUGUGGUGGUCGUUCAACCUCUAGUGGAAGUUCAACCUCUAGUGGAAGUUCAAGCUCUAGGGGAAGCAAAAAACUGAGUUCAACGAAGCCAUUGAUGAAGGAUGGAGUAAAGAAAUGUGCUGAGAUGCAGCAGAAUGCAACACUUAGCCGAAACUGCAGCAGGCAACAGAGUUGCUGUUAUCCCUUCUUCCUCAACCAAAGCAAGAGAAAAACCAAGGAGAUUUGGUGCUGACAGAUUUCUACUGCAAUUCAUGAAAACAUCCAAUAUGUUGCUAAUGAUUAUACACAGAGUUAAUGUAGAGAUUGUAUAAUUUUGUUUGUUUACUCUUCUUUUUAUUUUUUGUCCCUUGCCAGCAUUCAGUUUGUUUUCUUUCCUUGGGCCUAAAUAAAUCCCCAGGAUUCAGAAGUUCGUAUAAA